AAAAAGGAGGUUUCUUUACGGGUGAUGAGCCGCUCAAUUUUUUCUUCUUCUUUUUCGCUAAAAUCGGUAAACUGACCCACGAAUCACUGUCGAUCUCUCUCAAUUUUCCCACGCGCCACUUCACGCGCCUCACCGGUGACUCGUUUCCACCUCUUCUCCCAUUUUCCUGACUUGGAAUCGGUUAUUUCUGAAGACGGUUUGUUUUGGUUUCUGAUUCGAUUUGAUUGCAAUUGUUAUGGCUGCUCCACCUGCAAGAGCUCGGGCGGAUUAUGAUUAUCUCAUAAAGCUUCUUUUAAUCGGCGAUAGCGGUGUCGGUAAGAGUUGCCUUCUCUUACGUUUCUCUGAUGGUUCCUUCACCACUAGUUUUAUUACUACCAUUGGUAUUGAUUUUAAAAUCAGAACCAUUGAGCUUGAUGGAAAACGGAUCAAGCUUCAAAUUUGGGAUACUGCUGGGCAAGAGCGCUUCCGUACAAUCACCACAGCUUACUACCGUGGAGCAAUGGGCAUUUUGCUGGUCUAUGAUGUAACUGAUGAAUCAUCUUUCAACAAUAUUAGAAAUUGGAUUCGUAAUAUCGAACAACAUGCUUCUGAUAAUGUCAACAAGAUAUUGGUUGGAAACAAGGCCGACAUGGAUGAAAGCAAAAGGGCUGUGCCUACAUCCAAAGGACAGGCACUUGCCGAUGAGUAUGGGAUCAAAUUCUUUGAAACUAGUGCAAAGACCAAUCUUAAUGUGGAAGAAGUUUUCUUCUCGAUAGCAAGGGAUAUCAAGCAACGUCUUGCUGAUACUGAUUCAAAAGCCGAGCCUUCGACGAUCAAGAUCAAUCAACAAGACCAGGGAGCCAAUGCUGGUCAGGCUGCGCAAAAAUCAGCUUGUUGUGGCUCUUAAGAUGAUCAAACCCUUUGAAGUAGUAAUCAUGUUGAAGUCAUACUUCAUUGAUCAAGUUAUUUUGUAAUUCUUUUGAACUUCAUUUAGUGUGUAAUAGAUAGAUAGGCACUUUCAUGUUUUAGAAUUUCAUUUGUGAUCAUGUCUAUAUUAUAAAGAUAUUUAUUUGUUUUCUUUUUUGGCUUUUCAGAAACGAUGAUGUCCCAAUUAUUUGUUUGCUAUAAGAUGGUUUGUAUAUAAAGCAACUAUUUUUACUUUAAAAAUGAUAAAACUUAUUUUGGUCA